AUGGCUCGCGAACGGACGUGUAUAUCGUAUCCUGACUUACAAACCCAGCUACAGCUGCCAGAGAGUGAAGUUGAGCCAUUUUUGCUCGACGCAAUGUCAGAUGGAGCCAUUACCGGAUGUUUAGAUGCCCAAUGCGAAACAUUGACGGUGUACUCGUGUGGGGUGCGUAAUGUUCGUCCUGAUCAGGUGCAAAUAGCCAAAGCCAAGGUGGACAACUACCUCGACCGGCUCAGCAAAACGAUUGCAACCAACACAGCGCGGCUCACACCGCAGGAGCCUUCUAUGGGAGUUAAACGUAGAUUAGAGGGCUGA